UGAAAGCAGAGCACAGGAUGUGUGAAAAGGCCACAGAAAAUAGGCUCCCUGAAGGGGAAUGGUGUCUCACAUACCACUUCCUCCCCUAACACAGGAUGUUUCCUACAGUUUCAUGUAGUGUCAGGGGCUCGGCACCGGCAGCGCUACAACGUACUCAUUGCGAUCCAGCUGUCGGCCACAUGUGUGCGAUGGGGUCGUCGAGUCCAUACCCGGCUCUACAUCAUAUCCUUUCUUUCAGCGUUCCUGCGACCACCAUGUUGGGAUGAACAAAAGAACCUCAGCUUCGUCCAGAAGCUUCUAGGCUCUGCUGGAUAUUGAUGUAGAGUGAAAAUGCUGAGGAAAGCCCUUCUGUGGAUGAGAAGGUGGGGCUGCUGGGCCUAAUCCUGUUAUCCCAACCUUCUUAAUCCAGAUCCUGUCAGUCUUCACACCUCUUCAGUCACACAAAUACAAACACACUUCCAAUACAAAUACAUCAGAUAUAAUGGAGGACACCAUGAUCCUGGGUCUUGAAGGGAUCAAGAAAACCAUCUUGCAUGGAGGAACUGGUGUGAAGCCUAAAUUUAUCACAGGAACUAAGGUGACGUUCCAUUUUCGCACUCAGCUCUGCAAUGAUGAGCGUACAGUGAUAGAUGACAGUAAGAAGGCAGGUAUGCCGAUGGAAAUGGUGAUCGGGAACAUGUUUAAACUGGACGUCUGGGAGACUCUGCUCAUGUCUAUGCACAUAGGGGAGGUGGCCGAGUUCUGGUGUGACGUCAUUCACACCGGAUUGUAUCCAAUAGUGGCAAAGAGUCUACGGCGCAUCGCGGUGGGGAAAGAUCCAGUGGACUGGCACAUUCACACCUGCGGCAUGGCCAACAUGUUUGCCUACCACAGCCUGGGCUAUGACGAUCUGGAUGAGCUUCAGAAAGAACCACAGCCUCUUUAUUUUGUAAUGGAACUUCUAAAGGUACAGCAGCCCAGUGAGUAUGACAGAGAGUCCUGGGCUUUGAAUGAUGAAGAAAGAUUGAAAGCGGUACCUGUACUCCACGGUCAAGGGAACAAGCUCUUCAAACAGGGCCGAUAUGAGGACGCCACCCUGAAAUAUAAAGAAGCCAUUAUGUGUAUCAAGAAUGUGCAGACAAAGGAAAAGGCAUGGGAAGCUCCAUGGCUGAGACUGGAGAAGAUGGCCAACACGCUCACUUUAAACUACUGCCAGUGUCUGCUGCGCAUGGAGGAGUACUAUGAGGUCAUCGAACACACAAGUGACAUCAUCAACCAGCAUCCUGGGGCAAUGAAAGCCUUCUAUCUGCGUGGAAAAGCACACAUGGAGGUGUGGAAUGAAGCUGAGGCCAGAGAUGAUUUUAUGAGAGUCUUGGAUCUGGACCCGGGCAUGAAAAAGACCAUCAAGAAAGACCUUGCAGUUCUCAAAAUGAGAAUGGAGUUAAAAAAUGAGGAGGACAGACUGAAGUACAAGGGCAUGUUCGCCAAGAUGGCAAGAGAGCAAGAAUCUCUAGAGCUGGAGAAUCCAGAUCAAGAGUUUUCAGAGGAAACAUCUCCAGAAACGACUCUGGAAAAGCAGAAUCCAGAGGAAGCACCGCUAGAGGAAACGGGUGAAGAACAAACAUCUCCAGAGCAAAUAAAUUCACCACAAGAAGAAGUUGUUUCACAAGAAGAAACAUCUACUGCACUAUCAAGUUCCGAUCAUGAGAUACCAGAACAAGCAACUACUCCAGAUGUGACUCCAGAAGAAACUACCACAGAAGAAGCUACUCCAGAAGAAUUAGACGCAGAGCAAACAUUUCUGGAGCAAUCGACGUCUGAAGGAACAUCAGCAGAACAUACAACUCCAGAGCCAACCUGUCCAGAACAAGCAGACCAGGAUCUAGUAUCUUUAGAAGAAACAUCUCCAGCUCAAACGACACCAGAAAACUCAACGCCAGUUGAUGAGUCUUAAUAGUAGCAACAAUUUCAAGAGAGGUGCGACAAUGAUGAUGUGGGAUAAAGCUGAACCCUUUUACUUCUGUAGUGCUUUGUUGCUUUUCUUAAUGUAUUCUACAUUAGAAUAUGAGAUUUAACUUUACCAUAGUGAUUGCAGUUUAGCCAAAUCAUCCAGUAAAAUAGUACUCAACCAGCUAUGUUGUGGUGGAUAUUUGAAUAAUAAUUAAUUCAUCAGUAGCAUUUCGUCUCAAAACAUCAUAAACUUCACGAUAACUCUGUUUUACACUCUUUACGCACAGACAUAGCGAACAUUCCUGUAAUGAAUUCAAAUAUUAAAUAUAAAACCGAUCAUGUUUAUAAAAUGUAUCAUGUUCAUGUUUGA